GUUGAAACGAAAUCGGCUUGUAACUAACAAAUUUCCUGACAUUUGACAUAUUUAAUCAAAAAUGCCGAGUCAAGACGUUUCAACAACAAAAGUUGUGGUUCAUCCACUUGUAUUAUUAAGUGUGGUGGACCAUUUUAAUCGUAUGGGAAAAAUUGGUAAUCAAAAACGUGUAGUUGGUGUAUUAUUAGGUUGUUGGCGAGCUAAAGGUGUUUUAGAUGUUUCCAACAGUUUUGCAGUACCAUUCGAUGAAGAUGACAAAGAUAAAUCUGUAUGGUUCUUGGACCACGAUUACCUAGAAAAUAUGUAUGGUAUGUUCAAAAAAGUAAAUGCUCGUGAAAAGGUUGUGGGCUGGUACCAUACUGGUCCAAAAUUACAUCAAAACGAUGUUUCAAUAAAUGAAUUAAUUCGACGAUAUUGCCCAAAUUCCAUAUUGGUAAUCAUCGACGCCAAACCAAAAGACCUUGGUUUACCAACUGAAGCGUAUCAAGCUGUAGAAGAAGUGCAUGAUGAUGGUUCACCAACAACAAAAACAUUCGAACACGUUCCAAGUGAAAUUGGUGCUGAAGAAGCAGAGGAAGUUGGCGUUGAACAUUUAUUACGUGACAUAAAGGAUACAACAGUUGGAACAUUAUCACAACGUAUUACAAAUCAAUUAUUGGGUUUAAAAGGUUUACACUGUCAGUUAAGAGAGAUUCGUGACUAUUUGUUACAAGUUGGACAAGGCACAUUACCAAUAAAUCAUCAAAUUGUUUAUCAAUUACAAGAUAUAUUUAAUUUAUUACCAGAUAUUGGUAAACAUGAUUUUACAAAUUCAUUGUAUGUUAAAACGAAUGAUCAAAUGUUAGUUGUUUAUUUGGCGGCAAUGGUACGCUCAAUAAUUGCAUUACAUAAUUUAAUUAAUAAUAAAUUAACAAAUCGUGAUGCUGAAGAGGGUAAAAAGGAUGAGAAGGAUAAGAAAGAUGAUAAGAAAGAUAAUAAAAAUGAGAAAACUGAUGGAACAAAAGCUGAUGAAUCAGGUGACACAAAAGAUGAUAAAACAAAAGAUUCGACAAAAAAGAAGGAGACUACGUCGAAUAAAGAUACUAAAAAGAAGUAGUGUGUGUAUAUUUUUUUUUGGCUCGUUUUUAUUAUUUUAAAAUAGAAUUUAUA